ACUCGGCCUCUCACGUCACGAAGGGAACGACCUGCUCGCGGCAAUGGCUAGCUUGGUAAGCUACGAGCCCACCAAUACUUCGUCUGAUAAUGAGUCGAAACUAGGACAACUUGGAUAUUCGCCUGCGAAAAUGCUUCUGGAGCUGAAUCAACCCUGCGAGUCGCUCAUCAAACAUUGCUACUGGUUGGGUUCGGAGGUUUCCUGUGCAAAGUUUUUUCACGUGACGAAAACCCACGUUGGAUUUUGCUGUUCGUUCAAUGCCGAUAAGGCCAUGCACGUGGACUACAAGGCUCCAGCACGUCCAGUUCCGUCGUCCAAUAUACGACUUUCCGGGGCCGGUAAGCACGUCGGUUUGUCUGUUAUGGUGGAUAUCGCUCCGGAUAGGUAUAUGGCGCCUACGAAGUCCUAUUAUGGAGCCGAAAUAUUUGUGCAUAGUCCCAACGAUUUCCCGGCAGAUUCCGAUUUUGAAGAUACGUUACAGCCCGGAUGGGAUGUCGAUUUUUGUGUAACGCCGAUCCCAAUCGAGAGCAGUCCUUCGUUGGAGCGUGUUCCAUUGUCGCAGCGAAAGUGUUUCAUGCCGAAUGAAGGUAUAUUGCAAUCAAACAAUACGUUUAGCUUGAACCUGUGCAUGUCGGAGUGUCGACUGCGGACUAUUAUCAAGCUGUGCAGCUGUGUGCCGUUUUAUUACGUAGAUUUCAAUAUAACAGAAAUGAAAGGAGUUGAAACUUGUACACUGAGGAACGUAAACUGCUUAAGACAUUUCAGAAAAUAUUUUUACAGUUUGAAACCUCCGAAAGAAAUGUCAACUGACAACUUUAGCUUUGACUUAGGAAUGGAUUGCAACUGUAAGCCGUCGUGUACUUUUCUGAAUUACAAUGUGCAGAGUAUUUCCAGUAAACGUAUGGGAGGCCCUUUUACUUCAUCUUACUUUGGUGGCCGAAACGUAUCAACUUAUGCGACGUUACACGUGCACUUCAAGGACCUGUACUGCGUAAAGUACCGUCGUGAGGCGUUCAUGACCUGGGACUCGCUGUUGGCAUCCUUCGGGGGAAUUUUCGGCCUAUGCAUGGGAGGAUCCGUACUGAGUAUCGUCGAGCUGUUCUACUACUUUGUGGUGAAGCCGUUCGCGUUUUACAGAGCAAAACAACGAGAUGCUAGCGCUAGUGAGCAGCAAUUGGCAAUGACAACUCGGCGACAACAAAAGCGACCGAAAUCCGGCAGAAUGUUUUGCCCUGGACGCUACCCGGUUGGGUAUUUUGAGCGGAAAAGUAUCAUUUUACGGGAGAGGACGAGUGGACGCGGAAAGAGGAAAAUUUUGACCGUUUCACCACGAAUGGGCUUCGGUUACGGAAUGUAAGCUUGACGAACUCCAGGAAAUCGUGAAGGUGAUUUAAACUCGGUGUUUUUGUAUUAAUCAAAUACUUUUUUAUUAGCACUCGAAUGUGAUAUUCCUAAUAUGAAAUUUGUUACGAGUAUAUUUACACUUAACGAUGAAACUAACUUAAAGAUAUUUAAGUGUAAAAGAA